UCCAUCUAAAAGCAUCCAACGGUUCGCAUUCCACGUCGUCGCGCUGCUCCGGUUUGCUGCCAGACAUCAAUCUCGCGCAUCUAGGGCUCACGGCCGCAUCGCCCAUCGAUCAUCUGUGCUGCGCCUGAAUAUAUCCCGAUACUCGAUCGCCUGCAUCCGACUCUGGAGCGCGUUGCACCCCAUCUUCGACCUCCCACGGCGCGAACACUACUCACCAUCAACCAUCGCCAUGGCUACCGACAUCGCCCAAAUUAGCACCAAUGGCGCUCUCACUCCACCAUCAGUGCUUCCCGCUUCCACUUCACCAUCGCCCGCAAAGCGAAAACGUACCGACACAGACGCCCUGUCCAAUGGCGCACCAUCUGUCGCAACCGCCAACGGUCAACCUGCACCUGUGCAGACAGUACUGCAGGAUAUAGUAGCAGUUUUAAAGAGCUACGACACCGAACCAUCAAUACUGGAACACCCCAUCACUUCCUCAGCGGCCCGAGCAAUUUCGGGAGAGGCCGAUGCAAAACGCACGAAGCUUACGCCUCCGGCUCCAUCCACGAUCAUUAGCCUGCUACUAACCCAAUCGUACGAUUCUCUACAAGCAUUGGAAGAGGACGUGGAAGCUGCGACCGCAGAUAUUCUCACAAACAUUGGUUCCGGCGAGCUUGACACAGCUCCCUCCACUCCCCAAGAAAGCGUUUUGCAAGCCAAGGUUCUGGCCUUUCGAAAAGUGCUUAGAACCUUGAUCCACCGGGAAGAGGUUAGGAGAGCCCACAUCGCCUCCAAGAAACAAAACUCGGAGAAAGAAAGUGGCAGCCAGGAGAAUACCACGCCUUUCCAGCCUAGAGAAGAGCCUUCAGAAAGCCGGACAGUUUUGACCCUGUUUGGCAGUGCCCCUAAUCCCAGGCAACUCUUCUCCAGCUUGCAGCAGCCUCGUUCAAUAUCGUCAUCUAACACUGCUACUAAGUUAGAUACAACGAUCAAAGUUACGCUGCCUCUGCGUGAAUCAACGCUCCCUAAUAUCAUUUCCACCACAGAGGUAUUUCUACUCCCCGAUGAGGUAGACGACAGGAAGAGGAACAACGAGAAUGCGACCAUCGGAAAACUAUUCAAAGCACCUGCACAUUUGCCGCAGCUUAGCCCCCCAAAGCUCGCAAAAACUCUUACUACAAAAGGAAGCACAGUCACCUUUGCACAUCCGGAAGUGCCUAAGCCGAGCCGAAAGGGCUCGCAAUCAUACGCCAACCAGCACCUGUCGGCUGGAUACUGGUUGGGUUACGGCGGCGUAGACAUGCCAAAGGACCCUACAUCACCAACUGCAAAACAGAAAAGUCGCCAACGCGCCCUUAGCACAGGAGCGGGUGAACAGCCACCAUCUGAGUUGGCCCUCACGGCUGUUAAACAGGCGAAAGAGGAUGCUUUGUUUCGCAGUGCGUAUUCUAGCUUUGCGCCCACGCGCGAUAACGCAUCAGCAGUCGUUUCCGAGGAGACCAAGAACAUGGUAUGGUGGCAGAAAGUUGGGGAAAAGCGGUUCAAUGAGGUCUUUCCCAUUGACCCUGAUCUGCUCGAAACUGACCCCAGUGCCGAACCCGAGGAAUCGCUAGCGGAGAAUGAGGACGAACUGUUCAAAGAGGCUGUGGAUCUUUUCGAGCCUAUUGAAGGUCCAAUUCUCGAACCGGAAGAAAAGUCUUAUCUCGAGAAAGACACCGAAGAAGUGCUCGCAGAUAUAUCUGAGCUACUAGAGACCCUUGCGUCACACCAGAGAAUACGGAAUUCAUCUUUGGCCACCAAUCCUCGCACGCCGGUCAUACCAAAUGCGUCUCUUGCUAAUCUGGCUGGGAGUCCAUCCACACCCUCUUCCGAGGAAGUGGAUAUUUAUCAAAUACUCAAGGCCCAGUUGACUAUGAUGAUUUUGCAACUACCACCACAUGCCCUUGCCAAACUCAACGGGGACCAGUUGGAGGAAUUGAACAUCAGCAGAACCAUCUUGAUUGAAAACAAGGAUACUCGCGGCGUGCUGGAAGAGGACCAAGCUACCAGACUCGCAAAAGCUCCAGUACCUGCUACAGCGGGCCCACCAACAUUGACCCGUGUGACAUCCGGAGGAUCAGCACCGCAUUAUUCUUCUAGUAAUACACAAUAUGGGCGUAACACGCCUACAGUACAUAACAGUGCUCGUCCUGUGCAGGCGUCGACAUCAUACUUCCCCCAGCAACAGGCAGUUCAUCGAUCUCCUUCUGUCCAAUACCCACGUUCGUCCACUGGGCCUCAGCCAAAUUUCCAAACGCCAACCCCGACAUUUGCUACCAAUCCUCGGCCAGCUUACGCUGCCAACCAUAACUAUACGCAGCAGACACCUCGGGCAGCCCAUGCAUCAGCUCCUAAUCAAUACUACUCUCAAUCUGCUUCCAGAGCGAGCAGCUACGGUGGCGCGGCUGCUUCACAAUACUAUGGCGCAACACCUCAAACGCAAUCCCAAGCGCGGUACCCGCAACAGCAACAAAAUGGUUUCUUUCCACCGCCACGCCCGCAAAAUGUAGCACCUAUGUAUCCCAGUACUCCCAGCGGGCACGGACGCACCGCUUCUCCUCUCAAAGCUGCUCCUACCCCCAGCAACCCACAAUCUUCUUAUGGGUCACGCCCUCCUAGUGGGUUCGCUACCCCCAUGCCCGGCGGGCCAAUCCGCAAUACAUAUUACCCAGCCAGCCAAUUUGGUAACCCUCAACCACAGCCGCACACUCCUGCUGCUGCUUCCGCUGCCCCCCCUCACAACGCGACCAUCACGCCGGGAUACAAUGCAAAUCCUCAGCAAUUGAUAUACAACCAACAGCAGGCACAAGCAGCAACUCAGCCACAAGCGAGAUUGGCGGCACAAAAUAGCUUUUCGUCCCGGCAGGGAAGUGGUACACCACAGCCAGGGCAAACGAACGGGCAGUUCCCGAAUGGACAGUCCAACAUAGGUUCAAUGGCCACAUAG